AUGAAUUAAAAUUUUACAAAGAUCUGCACAGAAAAUCUAGAAGAUCAAAUAGUUAGAUUUUAAUUCAAAAUAUCUUCUAAUUUACAUGCUACUCAACUUAGUUACUAUAAACAUCCUGAAAAUAAAUUUAUGUUAUUAGUCGCUCUAAUAAUAAUAGGAAAGGAAGCUGUCAGAUAAGCUUAGACAAGAAAAGAAGUGAUUAUUAUUAUUAUUAUUAUUAUUAUUAUUAUUAUAAAUAAAUCAAUUCAUUCCUUUUAAGUUUUCUUUUUGCCCCUUUUUUUCAAGAACACACCAUAAGUUUUAAUUAUUUCUCUUAUUUUGUUCGAAAUAUAAUUCAUUUCAUUAUUUUGUUUUUUGCAGUAUUUUUAUUGA